CGUCAAUUUCCUCCUUCCCUAUUUCCUCCUCCACCAUCGUCUCUGCCUCUCCCUAGCCUCAGCAGCCACCCGCUCGCAUUCAAAGUCCCAUUCAUUGCCAGUUCUCGCGUACUACACGUCUGUGCUGUCGUUAUUGUUGAAAUUGUGGACGGAGCCACUCGUUCUCGUAUAUGGCCGGCUACUUCUCUAACCACUCCCAGUCGCGCUUUCUCGCCAACUCUCCCUCGCAGUCGACUACGACUCAGACCACGAUGGCCCCUAAAGCCGCGCCGGCACUGCGCUCGCGCGUGCCGUCGUCCAAACACUUCUCUACUCAGGUGUCGUCUGCCUCGGGCGACGAGAAGUCCUCAAGCAGAGACAAGUCUUCCACAAACGGGAGCCGGAAUGGCAGCCCCGUAGUGCACCCCCUCCGACAUACUUGGGUGUUCUGGUUCCGCCAGCACCGCGGACCGGGCACUAAAAUCACCAACUACGAGGAGGGCAUCAAGAAGAUUACUGCCUACAGCUCUAUUGAGUCGUUUUGGUCUCUCUGGACACACCUCAACCCACCCUCCAGUUUGCUACCGACGACCGACUACCUCCUCUUCCACUCUGGCGUCCGUAGGCCAGUCUGGGAGGACCCGCUCAACAUUGGUGGCGGGAAAUGGAUCAUACGUCUUCGCAAAGGCAUCGCCGACCGCCUAUGGGAGGACCUCGUCCUUGCGGUCGUAGGCGACCAGUUCGCUGAAUGCACUUCCAUCGGGGAGGAGAAGACGGACAGUGCGGGUGCCGAUGUGCCGCAGGGGGACCGGCCGGAGAUAUGUGGCUGCACCAUCAGCGUCCGUCAGAACGAGGACAUCAUUACUGUCUGGAACAGACGGGGGGCAGACGCGCGGGUGAAGGAGGCAAUCAGAGAAACCAUCAGGCGGGUGCUCAACCUUCCGACUACGACUGUCAUGGAGUAUAAGUCGAACACCGAGUCCAUGCAGGACAAGUCCAGUUUCCGUAUCGCCGCUAAUGCGGAUCGCACGCCCUUGUCAUGACACUGCCCUGGAGCCGGUCCUUCUCUCGGAUUAUGGUUACGGCUGGACUCUGCGUCGAUCCAAAACGACCGAACUAAUUGUAGCCUUAUAUCCAUGCUAUUCGUUUGGGUUAGUGAUUCGUGGGUUCUAUCUGUGUUCGCGUCAUUGGUGUGAAGCGGUGCGUUGCUUUCAUUUGUCUGGGCUGCGCCGAUUAGGAGGCAGGAUCCAGUGGACAUAUGUGCGAAUUUGGCGCAAGCAUCAUGAUUGCAGUGGUCCCUGGAUGACAUCUAGCAGGUGUCUACCUGUAGUGCCGGCUGGAUGAUUUCAUUCAUGCCGAAGCCCCGCUUCCCAAACGCCGAGUCGACUUGUUACGUCGGGACGUACGAGAGCUCCGUGAUCUUCAGAUGUUGUACAAGGCGUUCGUCGCUCUGCAGUGCUUGCGUUCGCUUGUAUGGAAGAACGGC